UAUACAUUUAUUAAAGUUAGAACCGAAAACAACAACCUUUGAGUUCGUGAUUCUCUGACCUUUGAUUUUAAUCAACAAAGUUAUCUUGAUAGCUUUUAUUGAUAUUGUUAUAAAUAUAAGGUAGUGAGGAAUUUGGUGGUAUGAACGUAACCAUUAUUACUAUAAUUUGAUUAAUAUAUGGGUAUGGUGCCAGUGAAUUUGAUUCCUGAGGUAUUGAGGAAUUUGGUUCAUGAGCACGCACUAGUGGUGCCCAUAUCACUCUUUGUAGCGGUUCUCUGCCUCUGCUUGGUCGUUGGUCACUUGCUUGAAGAAAAUCGAUGGAUUAAUGAAUCCAUUCUUGCCAUUAUAGUAGGAUUCAUUGCUGGAAUUAUACUGUUAUUAGUCACCAAAGGGAAGAGUUCUCACAUCCUUACAUUUAAUGAAGAACUAUUCUUCAUAUAUCUCCUUCCUCCCAUAAUAUUCAAUGCAGGAUUUCAGGUGAAGAAGAAACAGUUCUUCCAUAACUUCUUAACCAUCAUGCUGUUUGGGGUGAUCGGUGUUUUUAUUUCAGUGUCGAUUAUUACAUGCGGCAGCUGGUGGUUGUUCCCCAAGUUGAAGUUGCUUGGCCUAUCUGGGCAAGAUUAUCUCGCUAUAGGAACAAUUUUCUCGUCAACGGACACGGUUUGCACACUGCAGGUUCUCCAUCAAGAUGAAACUCCUUUACUAUACAGCCUAGUCUUUGGGGAAGGAGUGGUAAAUGAUGCAACAUCAGUUGUUCUCUUCAAUGCAGUGCAAAAGCUUGAUGUUUCAAGAUUAAGUGGCAAGACGUUCAGUGUUAUUGGAGAAUUCUUGUAUCUAUUUAUAACAAGCACUGGUCUUGGAGUUAUAACUGGCCUUCUCACAGCAUAUAUCUUGAAAGCCUUAAGCUUUGGAAGACAUUCAAGUGUUCGUGAAAUUUCCUUGAUGAUCUUAAUGGCAUACCUAUCCUACAUGUUGGCAGAGCUAUUCGAUCUAAGUGGAAUCCUCACCGUUUUCUUUUGUGGAAUACUAAUGUCACAUUAUGCAUGGUAUAAUGUGACUGAAACUUCAAGAAUCACAACCAGGCAUGUGUUUGCAACAAUGUCAUUUAUUGCAGAAACCUUCAUAUUUCUAUAUGUGGGCAUGGAUGCCCUUGACAUUGAGAAGUGGAAGAUGACCCAAUUAAGUUAUGGAAAUUUGAUGGGGAUAUACAGUUCCUUAAUCCUAUUGAUAUUGCUUGGGCGGGCAGCAUUUGUUUUCCCUCUCUCUGCUCUGGCCAAUUAUACGAACACACGUGCUACUUCUGACCAAGCCUCAAGUAUCACAUUCAAACAUCAGAUAAUCAUUUGGUGGGCUGGGCUAAUGAGGGGAGCUGUCUCCAUUGCUCUGGCUUUCAAACAGUUCACGUUUUCUGGAGUUACUACUGAUCCAGUUAAUGCAACAAUGAUUACCAACACCAUUAUUGUUGUCCUAUUCAGCACACUGGUGUUUGGUUUUCUCACAAAACCACUAAUUAGAUAUCUGCUUCCCCACAGUGCAACAAGGAAAAGCAUCAGCCAUUCAGAAUCAGGUCCACCAUUUGACGACUUGAAUCUUCCUUUCCUAUCCCUUGAGGAGUCAGCAGCGACCAACAUCAGCCGCGCAAAGGCAAGUUUGUCCAUGUUGAUAGAAAGUCCUGUGUUCACCAUACAUCGCUAUUGGAGGAGGUUCGAUGAUGCCUACAUGAGACCUAUAUUUGGGGGACCUCACGGUAACCAGUCACAGUGCUAGCAAUAUAGCAAAUCAUGGAUAUCUCAGUGAUGUGCUUAACUGUUGGAACACAAAUGAUGAUCCAUUUCAAUCCAAUAUUGAAGAUGAGUAGCUUCCAUGAAGAUUCAUUGCCACUGUUUGUGAUGCUUAGGUGAGGAUUAUAGUAAGUAAUAAGGGACCAGCUGUCUUUGGAAUAUCACACAGAAGUGUGAACUUACUUGAAGCUUUAAAGAAGCUCAUAGUUGGUUGAGCAGCGGUGCUUGAGUUAUUGGAAACCCCCUAACACUGUCUUCAAUUCCUACCAAUAAAAAAAAGUGCAGAUUUUCCUUUGUUCAUGAAUGUUGGGGCGAAUAAUUGAGAAUUACUCUUCAAUUUAACGAAUUUGUGACUCUCGAAUAUCAAACUGAUUUAUUUAUUUUUUAUACCUUAUUCUAUCAAUAUUGAGUUAAUGCAUCCAA